AUGCCCUACACCGACGGCGGGCGAAACCGCAAGAAGGCGAGGAUAGCCGCCGUAGGGGACGAAGAGAACUACCCGGACGACCCGGAGGCACAGGCGGUGGCCGACUUCGCCCGUGCGGAGCGCCAAGGCCCGCGCGGAAAGCAUGCCGUUGGACCCGACGCCAGAAGAGCGGGCGGUAAUCAGCAGAAGCAGGCACCCGAGGACGAGUCCACCCUGGUGACGGUGCUCACCUUGGUCGACAAAGACACGGGGUGGCCCUGCAGUGUGCAGGUGCCUAAGAAAGGAGCCGAAUGCGGGAACUUCGUUCUGGACACCGUGGAGCAGUACCUGAACACCUUGGGUCAUUCGCGGGUAACCCUGCAGAUUGACGCAGAGGGGUCCCUUGAGAAGCGCGCGGUGGAAGGGGAGCACAGCUACCUGGCGGGGCUGGUGCGCACCUGGCUCAUGGACCUACAGAACCGGUACCCCAACUGCAUGGUGGAUGUGAACCACACGGUGAACCAAGUCGCAACGACAUUGGGUCAAAGGCAUCUGGGCGCCUUCCCCCAAAGCCAGGCCAACAGGACCCUGAUGGGCACCGUUCACCGUGCCAGUGCGGCGGCCAGCUCCUCAGCUGCACGAGCAGUGUUCCACUACAAGUGGGUCGACAAGGUGAAGGAGGGCACGGUGAAGUCGCGGUUCACCUGUGCUGACGUGAAGAGGGCCUACACGGAGGAACAGGAGCAGGACCUGCGAGUCUUUGACUCCUGGCAGGACCGCGGGGCUCAACAGGAGAAGUGGGUCUACGUGCGACCCCCGCCAGAAUGGAGGCCCAUCUGGGAAGAGUGGGUGCGGGCACAACCGCCCGCGCAACAGCCCGAACUCUGGGAGAGCUUCGACCAGAUGCUCUUCCGACUGGAUGGCAACCUCUAUGGCAGGAGGACCGCAGGCUCGGUUUACCGAGACGAGCUUGAAGAGCUUCUAUGCGUGAAGGUGUGGGGUAGGACCCAUGGAUGCGUCUACAGAUGCCUCAAGACGGGCAUCGUCAUAGUGCACCAUAUCGAUGAUGGGAGGUGUGCGGGCGACGCCGCCGCCCUAGAUAGGUUGCUAGAUGAGGAUCUCUGUGCCCACUGCGAGAUCACCACCGGACCCCUUGAGGGCGAAGGUGUGUCAGUCGAGGUUCUAGGCAAGACCAAGACCCGACUGCAUGGGUGCAUCCUCACGGCUCCGGACCCGAAGCACGCGGAGAAUAUCAUCAAGGCCUUGGGCCUGAAGCCAGGUGAGAAAUCACCGGUUCCCUCCAGGAAACCCGACCUGAGUGACACCACUCCCCUCGAAGCGGGAGACGCCGCCAGGUACCGAUCGGCAGUCGGCUCGGGGAUUUACCUCUUAAUUUACUCAGUUGUUCUUCCGAUUGAGCAGAAACGGCAGCGCUAA